AUGUUUCGAUCUCUUCCUCUCCUGAGCAUUGCGCUUGGCAGCCUCUCCGCCGUCGGCGCGCAGGAGGUCCCAGCUGUACUGACUGCCGAUAUCAUCGAGGGCUUGGGCAACAACACUCUCUUCACAAGAUGGCGCCCUACGUACCACUUCUCCGCACCGGCAGGAUGGCUCAACGAUCCAUGUGGAAUGAUGUACGAUCCUACCACGGAUAGAUAUCACCUCCAUUACCAGUGGCAUCCGAACCACGUCAACUGGGGUAACAUCUCUUGGGGUCAUGCAACUUCCAAAGACAUGAUUACUUGGACAGAUGUUGGAGGUUGGGAAGAUGAUCAGGCCCAGUCUGUUGGCACCGGUCCUUUUCCUGACUCGGACAACAGCAGUUACUAUGGUCUUGGCAUAUUCUCAGGCUCAGCUCAACCCGUGAAUCUCCAAGGACAGCAGGACGGUACUCUCAUCGCCUUCUACACUUCUGUUCAAUACCUCCCCACAAACUGGGCCUUACCUUAUAUCAAGGGAACUGAGAGCCAGAGCAUCGUCAUCUCUAACGAUGGCGGCGAAACCUGGGAGCAGUAUGCUGGCAACCCUAUUAUGACUGAGUCACCCAGCGGAUGGAAUAUCACCGGAUGGCGCGAUCCUUUCGUCGAGCCUUGGCCGGAGAUGGAUGCUCUUCUAGGACAAGAGGAGCCCCACUGGUAUAUGGUUCUUGGUUCUGGCAUCAAGGGCGAGGGUGGCGGUGGCCGUAUUCCCUUCUACAGCGCUCCCGCCAGCAACUUGACAGACUGGACUUUCCUUGGCGCUCUGUGGGAGCCCGAGAGGAACGAGACUCUUGGCUCUUUGCUUGAGACCGGAACCUAUGGCUUCAACUUCGAAGUAUCGAACUUUUUCUCUUUGACCGAUGAGGAUGAUGACGUACAUUACUACGUGUUGAUGGGCACAGAAGGUGGCAACCUCACCUGGCAUCCACGUGCACAGUGGGGUCUAUGGAACGAGGGCCAGGUCACCAGAAGAGAGAAUGGCUCUGCUGAGUUCACACCCUUGUCGGGCGGUGCCAUCGACUCCGGUCUUCUCUACGCAGUGACUAGCUUCCGGGACUCCAAGAACGAUCGUCGCGUCCAGUGGGGUUGGGCCAACGAGGAGAGCAACAACUUUGCGAUCAACCAAAUGGGUUAUCAAGGUGCCAUGGCGAUUCCUCGAGAGAUGUAUGUCAUCAAGACCAAGGACCUGGUCAACACCGAUGGCGGCCUGACGACGAAGGGCAACACUCGUGUUGUAGAGCACGGCAACGGUACUUUUACUGGAUACACCCUAGGAGCUCGUCCUUUACCUGAGGUUGUGGAAGGCUUCCACGCUGGAGCUGAGCCCCAUUUCAUCGAGACUGGCGACAAUGCCUGUGUCUCCGGCGCGAUCUCCGGCAAUGGAACCAGUCACAUGCAUCUCCAGGUUUCGCUUUCUGACUUCACUGGACCUGCCGGUGUUGUCAUCGCCCAAUCACCCGGACACGAGGAACAAACUAUCGUCUGGUAUUCUCCAGAGAACUACACCAUCAACGUUGACCGCUCGCACUCAUCUUCCAUCGUUGAGUUUGCCAACUACACCAUGCUCGGAUUUUUCUACCCAUACACAUUCUCCAACGGUACCACCGAGUCUCUUCACAUGGACAUCUUCGUUGACGGAUCUCUCGUAGAAGUCCUUGUCAACGACCGCUUCUGGCUUACGACUCGUAUCUAUCCUGCUCGUACCGACAGCACUGGCUUCAGCAUUUGGGCUGGCAGCAACUCUACUGUCAAGGCUUCCGAUAUGAAGAUCUGGAACAUUGAGACCAACGCAUUCCCUGACAGGCCGGUGAACUCGAGCAGUGAGCUUGUCUUCGAUACGCCAGAGGAGACUAACAACUACAUCUGGUGGCCUGGAAACUAG